CCCGCCCCACUCCGCCUCUCUGCACACUUAACCGGGUUUGCAGCCAUGGCGUCCGAGCGGCUGCCCAGCAGACCUGCCUGUCUCUUGGUGGCCAGCGGCGCUUCUGAAGGUGUGUCCGCCCAGUCCUUCUUCCACUGCUUCACAUUGGCCAGUGCUGCCUUCAACCUACAGGUGGCCACCCCUGGGGGAAAGGCCAUGGACUUUGUGGAUGUGACCGAGAGCAAUGCACGCUGGGUACAAGACUUCCGUCUCAAAGCUUAUGCCAGCCCCGCUAAGCUUGAGUCCAUAGAUGGUGCCCGGUACCAUGCUCUCCUGAUUCCCAGCUGUCCUGGCGCCCUCACUGACCUUGCCAGCAGCGGGUCCCUGGCUCGGAUACUGCAGCACUUCCACUCAGAGAGCAAACCCAUCUGUGCCAUUGGCCAUGGUGUCGCUGCCCUGUGCUGUGCUACCAAUGAAGACAGGUCCUGGGUGUUCGAAGGCUACAGCCUGACAGGGCCUUCUGUGUACGAGCUCAUCAGGGCACCUGACUUUGCCCGCCUGCCGCUGGUUGUGGAGGACUUUGUGAAGGACUCUGGCGCUGGCUUCAGUGCCAGUGAGCCCGACGCCGUGCAUGUGGUGCUGGACCGCCACCUGGUCACUGGUCAGAAUACAAACUCCACUGUUCCCGCUGUCCAGAACCUGCUCUUCCUUUGUGGCAGCCGGUGAGGCUCCUGGGAAGGGGUUUGGGUGGAUUCCUGCUUUGUGACUGGCUCCCUCUGCUGGACAGUUUUGUCUGCGACGCCCUGCCUGCUGGUGCUGAGUCUGGACCAUGUGUUCAUCCUAUAGGAAGUAAUUUGGAUGCUGUCCUUGAUCCUGGUGGCCUUCUUCUGUUGGUCCUUACCUGACAGGGCCCUCAAGCCUCCGUUUGGACCCUGUGGAACGCUGGAGGCCUCCAAGAGUUAAGACUUGGAGAGUAUCAGUUCUUACGUAGACUGAACACUCCUCCUCUAUCCCCAGCACAUAGUGGGGAGCAUCUUGGCUGGCCAGGCAGUCUCUGAGAACUGCAAAUGAACACUCCAAGAAGAAUUGUCCCUGGGAGAGGCAGCUGUGGGAUCUCAGGAUGGGAUGCUGCUCUUGUAUGGCCCUUUGGCUAUUCUUAUCCCUUUAGCUGUCGGUGAGAACCAUGGGGAAAGGACCAAAAGACUGGAACUUGCUCUGAAUUCAUCUUGCCAGAGGUGAACAAUGGAUGUUUUCUUAGCCCUAGGCAGGCAGCAUUCUUGCUGAAGAAGACUGCCCAUCUUUAAAUCUUGCAAUCUUGCCUAUGAUUUUUUUCUUCUUCUGAGAUAGUGUUUCUCUGUAGCUUUGGAGCCUGUCCUAGAACCCACUCUUGAGGCAGCACAGGCUGGCCUCAGAUUCAGAGAUCUGCUUGCCUCUGACUCCCGAGUGCUGAGAUUAAAGGCGUGUGGUACCACUA